AUGCCCUUUCUAUCUCGUCUUACGUUCCAACAUCUCAUUCUCUCGGCAUGUCUUUUACGUCUUGUGUUACUGGCUUAUGGUGAAUACCAAGACUCUUAUUUCACAGUCAAAUAUACAGAUAUUGACUAUGUUGUAUUCACUGAUGCUGCACGUUAUAUCACCCAAGGUCAAUCCCCUUAUUUACGAGACACAUAUCGUUAUACACCUCUACUCGCCAUGCUACUCACACCCAACAUCUAUUGGUUCUCUUCGUUUGGUAAAUGUGUAUUUGCACUGGCUGAUAUUGCUGUAGGUUACUUGAUCCACCAGAUCUUGAUACUUCGAGGCAUGCCUUCAAAAGAAGCAUUGAAAUGGGAUGCCAUUUGGCUUUUGAAUCCUAUGGUAGCCAAUAUUUCAACACGAGGCAAUGCUGAGUCUCUUUUGGGUGUGAUGGUCUUGGGUACACUGUAUCUGAUCUUGACGCGUCGUUAUUUCUAUUGGGGUUGUGUCCUGUUUGGAUGUGCUGUCCAUGUCAAGAUUUACCCUGUGAUUUAUGCAGUCCCUUUACUGGUCUUGUUGGAUGAGACACAUUAUGGCUUACCUUCUUUUCCGUUCUCUUCUCGUAUUCAACACAGUCGAUACCGUCUAUUGCAUCGAUUAGACAGCAAGAGUUGGAUGUAUUCAGUGAUUGCGUUUCUAUCACCCCUUCGGAUCUUGUUUGGACUUGUAAGUGCUUCUGUCUUUUUUGGAUUGACAGGAUACAUGUAUCAAAGUUAUGGCCAUGAAUUCCUUCAUCAUACGUAUCUUUAUCAUCUGACAAGACAAGAUCAUCGUCAUAAUUUCUCAGUUUGGUUCUAUUCGAUGUAUUUAGGUAUGCAAGGAUCCAGUCAAUGGAUGAGUCUGUUUGCUUUUGUACCUCAAUUAGCAUUGGUCGUAUUGAUUGGGAUUGUGUAUGGUCAAGAUAUCUUUUUUGCUUGUUUCUUACAGACGUUUGUAUUUGUCACUUUUAACAAGGUCAUGACAUCACAGUAUUUUAUGUGGUAUCUGUGUUUAUUUCCACUUGUGUUACCUUCUUCAAGAAUCAAAUGUCAAUGGAAGGGAUGUAUUUUAUUGACAGGAUGGGCAUUAGGACAAGUAAAGUAG